CUAACCAAACAUUUCAUCAUCUUCUUCAUCUAACAUCUAUUUUUCUCUCUCUCUCUCUUUCUGAACCACAGAUCCACAAACUAGUAUCUGUUCUUUGCUAACUUACGCAUCUAUAUGUGUGUGUUUGUCUUUGCUUUUAUAAGAGUCAGUUUUUUUGUUUUGUUUUGUUUUUGUGAGGUGGCUAGCUUCGUUGAUAUUCCUCUUCUAACGUAGAAACAACUUUAUAAAAUCCUUCAAAGCAUGUAAUUUAAAGUCUCAGAUCCAUUUUCUUCUACUUGCAAAAAAAAAAAAAUUAACUUAUAUAUAAAAUUUUCAUAAAUUGGUGUCUCUCUCGUUUUAAUUUGUGUUUGGUGAAACAAGUCCUGGCAAAGUUUAAAACACAAGUGUAAACCCAAAUUUAUAAAAACUUCAAAUCAUGUAAAUUUCGUUUCUAUUCAAUUUAUCUACCUUCCCCCCAAAAAAAAAAAACAAAAAAAAAAUCAGAAUUUAGGAUUUUUAUUUAAAACUAAAAAAGAAACAAAAAGCCCAAAAAAAAAAGAGUGAGAAUUUGGAAUGGGUCCAACGGAGGCUGAGAUGGGUGCAGUGGCGGUGACGGCUCCUCCUACGCCAGGAACGCCGGGAGGACCGUUGAUCACGGGGAUGAGAGUGGAUUCAAUGUCGUUCGAUCAUCGGAAACCGAUGCCUCCAUGCAAAUGCUUGCCGGUGAUGGGACACGCUUGGGGUCAACCCGACACGUGCUUCACCAAUUUUCCCUCCCCUGUUGUCUCCCUUACUCGCAAGCUUGGAGCCGAGUUCGUGGGAACAUUUAUCUUGAUAUUCACAGCGACGGCCGGUCCAAUCGUGAACCAGAAAUACGACGGAGCUGAAACCCUAAUUGGUAACGCGGCAUGUGCGGGACUCGCAGUGAUGAUCAUAAUUCUCUCAACCGGUCACAUUUCAGGAGCUCACUUAAACCCUUCGCUGACCAUAGCAUUCGCAGCUCUAAGGCAUUUCCCUUGGGCCCACGUGCCUGCUUACAUAGCGGCCCAAGUCUCAGCUUCCAUUUGCGCUUCAUUCGCACUCAAAGCAGUUUUCCAUCCUUUCAUGUCGGGAGGUGUCACUGUUCCGUCUGUUAGUGUUGGACAAGCCUUUGCUCUUGAGUUCAUCAUCACUUUUAUUCUCCUAUUUGUCGUAACUGCCGUUGCCACCGACACUCGUGCCGUUGGAGAAUUAGCUGGUAUAGCUGUUGGAGCCACUGUCAUGCUCAACAUUCUUGUCGCAGGGCCAUCGAGUGGUGGAUCUAUGAACCCGGUUAGGACUCUAGGACCAGCCCUUGCAUCAGGAAACUACAGGUCACUUUGGGUUUAUCUGGUGGCUCCUACACUUGGUGCCAUAUCUGGUGCAGCCGUCUACACAGGUGUCAAGCUUAACGAUAGCGCGACUGACCCGCCACGUCAGGUUAGGAGCUUCCGCCGUUAAGUUGAGUGAGAGACUUGUCGACAAGUCUUUUGCUUGUUACUGUUACUGUAUAAUUAUAAUAAUGUAAUGAUAUGAAAAGCUUUGGAAGCUUGUGUGAAGAAUAAAAGGAGAUGUGACUAUAAGUCCACGCUCAAUGUGUGCAUAGCAUCGGCUUAUAAGUCUGAUGCAAACUCGUCUUGUCAUUUACAAAUUGUGUCUUUUGUAAUAAUGUACACUAUGUUUGGUUUGUGUUUCUUUGUUGGUUUGUGGUACCUACUUGGAGACGAAGCUAUUUUAUUAAUAAAUAAUAUUGCGUUUGUGUGCAACA